AUGACGCCGUCAGAAACGCCUGAAGAAUAUGAAGCCAGGUUAACAAAGCAACGUGAGCGAUACACACCGAUGAUAGCGUCAGACACGCCUGAAGAAUAUGAAGCCAGGUCAACAAAACAACGGGAGCGAUACACACAGAUGAUAGCGUCAGAAACGCCUGAAGAAUAUGAAGCCAGGUUAACAAAGCAACGUGAGCGAUACACACCGAUGAUAGCGUCAGACACGCCUGAAGAAUAUGAAGCCAGGUCAACAAAACAACGGGAGCGAUACACACAGAUGAUAGCGUCAGAAACGCCUGAAGAAUAUGAAGCCAGGUUAACAAACAACGGGAGCGAUAUACACAGAUGGUAG